GAUUUUCCAACUUGAACUUGAAGCAGGCCGGACACACAGCGAGGCGAGAUAGAGCGCGACGCGGAGCACGUGGAGCGGGGACUCGCGAGCUGAUAGCGGCUGAUUGCAGCUGCACAUUAGCCGAGGAGAUUAGGCGCGAGCGCGCGACACGUCGAGCGCACCGAGCCAAGCGGUGAUCGAUCGAGACGGGAGGAGGCGCGCGAGAGUGCCCCGGCGUGCAUGCACCACUGCUAUCGUCGAGUGCAGCUCGGUGGUGCUUCCGACCCGGCCGCCGAUCGAUUCUCGCUGCCCAAAUUGCCGAGAAAGCCGAACGACGCGCUCGCGAGCGACGCCUGCUCAGGGCGGCGAGGAGGCGGGGGCGAGCGCGCGCCCGUGUGUGUUGGGAGGCGAAGGAGGCCGCCGAGAGUGAAUUCGAGGAUUCGAGGUCAAUCCACCCCACCUCCCACCUCGGACCAUCGGGGUGGCAGCCAGGCUAAUAGCUGACUCCGCGCGGACAGAGCGCGCGACAGCGCGCCAGUCACUUAAGAGACGAGCGGCGAGGCGCCAGGGCGAAGGCCGCACCGAGCUGCAGUCGCUUCGCAGUGGCGCGUCCGGCUGGGCGAUCGAGCCAUGAACAGGUUGUGCAGGUUGGGCUGGCUGCUGCUGGCCUACUGCUGCGCCGCCUCGCAGCGCGUCAACGAGGAGUGGGUGGUGCGGCUGGAGGGCGGUCCGCAGGUGGCCGCGCUGCUGGCCCUCCAAUCGGGCUAUCAGCACCUGGGCCCGGUGCUGGGCUUCGAGGACACCUACCUGUGGCGCGCGAGCACUACCAGCGCUGGGCCGCGCUCGAGGAGGCGCGGCAGCGCCCGCGCCUUCAACCGUCUGCGGAGGCGCGCCAAGAUCGCCUGGGCGGACCAGCAGCGCCCGGUGCGCCGCCACAAGCGGGACUACCAGCCGCGGGCCUUCAACGACGAGCUCUGGGAUGAGGAGUGGUACCUGCAGGACCGCCGCCAGCCGAGACUGGACCUCAACGUGCUGCCGGUUUACCGCCUGGGCAUCACGGGUCGCGGAGUGCGCGUGGCCGUGAUCGACGACGGCCUCGAGUACACCCACGAGGACCUGCGCGCCAACUACGACCCGGAGAUCAGCUACGACGUGAACGAGCGGGACCGCGACCCCAUACCCCGAUACGAGGAGCCAGCCAACGGCCAUGGGACGAGGUGCGCCGGCGAGAUCGCCAUGGAGGCGGACAACGGCAAGUGCGGCGUCGGCGUGGCCUUCGGGGCGAGCGUCGGCGGCAUCAAGAUGCUCGACGGCGUGGUCAACGACCGCGUGGAGGCCGAGGCGCUGAGCUACCGGCGCGACAUCGUCGACGUCUACACGGCCUCGUGGGGACCGCCCGACGACGGCAGGAGCCUCGACGCGCCCGGGCGGCUGGCCACCGAGGCCCUCGAGCGCGGCGCCGCCGAGGGCCGCGGCGGCAGGGGCAGCAUCUUCGUGUGGGCCUCGGGCAACGGCGGCGCCAAGGCCGACGACUGCGCCUGCGACGGCUACGUGGGCAGCGUCUACACCCUGGCCAUCGGCUCGGCCUCGCAGGCCGGCAGCUUCCCCUGGUACGGCGAGAUCUGCCCGGCCACUCUCGCCGCCACCUACAGCAGCGGCGCUCACCAGGACCAGAUGAUUGUGACGACCGACCUGCAGAACAGCUGCACCACCAGCCACACGGGCACCUCGGCCUCGGCGCCCCUCGCCGCCGGUAUCCUGGCCCUCGCGCUGCAAGCCAACGCUAACCUGACCUGGAGGGACGUGCAGCACCUGGUCGUCUACUCGUCGGAGCACGGCCCGCUCAGGUAUCGUUGCCCGCGACGCUCGGAGCCCGACACCGCGGCUCCGGCCCUGCCCCUCCCGCCCUCUCGCGCGCGCGUUCUCCCUCUCGCUCUCCCUCUCUCUCUGCCCGUCUCUCUGUCGCAGCGACAACCCGGGCUGGUUCGAGAACGCGGUCGGCCUCUGGUUCAACCCGCGCUUCGGCUUCGGCCUGAUGAACGCGCACGCGCUCGUCAGCGCCGGCGCCAACUGGACGAGCGUGCCGCCCAAGAGCGUCUGCCAGCUGGGCUUCGCGCCCCCGGUGGACCGGCAGCUGGCCUACGCUCGGCCGCGGAGGCUGCAGUUCGAGGUGGACGCCUGCGCGGUGCGCUACCUCGAGCACGUGCAGCUCGAGGCGAGCCUCGAGUACAGCCGGCGCGGCGCGCUGCAGAUCCAGCUGACGGCGCCCACGGGCACCAGCGUGCGGCUGCUCGGGCCCAGGUUCAACGACAACUCGAGCGAGGGCUUCGCCAGGUGGACCUUCAUGUCGGUGGCCACGUGGGCGGAGGACCCCCGGGGCACCUGGCUCCUGGACAUCGUCGACGAGGUUGGGCCGCCGAGCAACGAGGGCAGGGUGACGAGCGCCAGGCUGAUCCUCCACGGGACGCGCCAGCCGCCGCGCCACUUGCUGGCGGCGCACUUGGACUACGACGAGGCCCCGCGCCAGCGGGACGACCGACUGAAUUGGCUCAGCGGCGCCGAGGCCAGCAGCCCGCAGGCCAUCGACGAGUCCGCAGCGACUAACCAAACUUCCGGCGAGGACUGGCUCGUGCGCUUUUUGCUCUCGCGAUGACGCGAGCGCCGAGCCUAUACAUAUACCUAGCUGUACACGCAUACGCGUAACCUCACGCAAGAGCUGCACGAAUCAGGCAGCCGAAU